AUGAGUGUGAGAAGAAAUGGAGGAAAUCCCAAAGGAAAAGAUGUCUUGGAAGUCAAUAGCCCCAAGGUUGAGCAGUUAACUCAUGGUGUAGCAGGCAUUAGCCUGGACUCGGCCCAAGAUGACGGAGAGUGGGAGGUAAUUUCCAGGAAAUCAAAGAACAGAGAUGGAAGCGGUACUGCAAAACAAUGGGGUCCUCAGAAUUCUAAUUCUAAAGCUUGGGCACAGUUUGAUGUUCAGAAGCCAAGUAUGAGGAAUAGUGGUGGACCAGGAAGGGCUCCUGGGAACUUCUGGCCAUCACAAACUGCUGAUUCUAAAAAACCAGCCAGAAGAGGAAAUGUAAGGCAGCAGUCUUCUGCUAAGGUUUCCGAAAACAACUAUGUGGCUCCGCAACAAGUAGUUCACCCUCCGCUGGACCACGGAUGGAACUGGCAAUCCAGAGCGGGUUUCACUCAACCCAAGGGUUCAGAUGAUGGCCAGGGAAACUAUGACAAAGACGGCGAUGUGUCUGCUGCUAUGGCUAAUGAUGAUGAUGACAACUCUGAUGCUGUGGGUGAUAGUGAUGAUGAGCUAUUUAGUGAUGAGUUUGAUUCGGAUUCAAGUGAAAAGAGUCAUGAAACUCGAAAGAGUAGCAGAUGGUUCAAGAAAUUCUUUGAGAUUUUGGAUAGUUUAACUGUUGAUGAGAUUAAUGAUCCUGCCAGGCAGUGGCACUGUCCUGCAUGCCAAGGUGGUCCUGGUGCCAUUGACUGGAAGGGAACUACAGUUGUACCUGCCGGUGAAGCAUUCGGUAAGUGGAAAGGUUUAAAAGAUGAGGAAAAGGAUCAUGAAAUUGUGUGGCCUCCAAUGGUUGUCAUCAUGAACACUAGACUUGAGCAGGAUGAGAAUGAAAGGUGGAUUGGUAUGGGAAAUCAGGAGCUUCUUGACUACUUCAGCUCUUAUGUGGCUGUGAGGGCUCGGCACUCAUAUGGUCCACGGGGACACCGUGGGAUGAGUAUUUUGAUCUUUGAAGCAUCUGCGAGGGGUUAUUUAGAGGCUGAGCGUCUGCACAAGCAUUUUACAGAGCAAGGAACAGACAGAGAUGCUUGGGAUCAUCGUCGUGUCUUAUUUCAUUCAGGUGGGAGGCGACAGCUUUAUGGGUACAUGGCGGUGAAAGAAGACUUGGACAUAUUUAACCAGCAUUCCCAAGGUAAAUCAAAGCUGAAAUUUGAGAUGAGAUCGUACCAGGAGAUGGUUGUGAACCGAAUCAGGCAAAUGAGUGAGGACAACCAACAGCUUAAUUGGUUUAAGAACAGGGUUGCUAAAGAGCAGAGGCAUGCCAAAGCGCUUGAAGAAUCUCUUGGUAUAGUUAGUGAGAAGCUCAGGAAAACAACGGAGGAAAAUCGUAUUGUAAGACACAGGACCAAAAUGCAGCACGAAGAGAACAAGGAAGAGAUGUAUCUGCAAGAACAAUUUUUCAAAGACCAAAUCAAAAUAAUUCAUGAAUCAAGGGAUGCAAAAGAAGAAAGCUUUGAGAGGCUGCAGCAGGAAGAACGUGACAAGGUGAAGCAGUCGUAUGUCAAUCCUUCAAAUGGAGAGGAAAAGAAAUACAGGUCGGCGGAAAUUGAUAACUUCAUCAAGUCUCAAGAAAAAGAGAUGGAAGAAUUUGUGGAAGAGAGGGAUAUGCUGAUAAAAGCUCAUGAAGAUAAUAAAGCUGCAAUGAAGUGGAGGCAUUGGGAGGAAGAGGUAGAACUGGAGAAGGAUUUUGAUGCCAAAUUAACCCAGCUCAUGGAGAGGUAUUCCCCGCAUCGUGCCUGA